GGUAAUCAGGUUCAUUUACUUACUUACUUUUAAUGGAGGUACUGGGGAUUGAACCCAGGACCUCCUGCUUGCUAGGCACUCAUUCUAGCACUGAGCUAUACCCUUCUCCCCAGGGGGUUUGGUCUUGGAUUUGUUGGAGGAAUUCCCAGGAAAGGUCUUGGUUGGGGAGCAUCGUGGGAGGAAACUGAGGCAGGAGGAAAAGUCCAGUCAUUCCUUAGGGGUCUGGAGGAGGGAUGCACGCAACAUUUUGGCUCCUGGCAGCAAACGGGCUUGGGAAGGACGAUGAGCAGGAUUUGGGAGACGCUGAGGAACUGAGUCUGGGUGUGCAAGUUCCAUCUGGAAAGUGAGCGGCCCACGGAUGGAUGGGCAAGUGGAGGUUCCGGACCCCAGUGACCCCCUGGGACAGCUGGACGGACAUGACGGCCCUAUUCCCACUCUGAAAGGGUACUAUCUGAAUUUCCUGGAGCCGGUCAACAACAUCACCAUCGUCCAGGGCCAGACGGCCAUCCUGCACUGCAAGGUGGCCGGAAACCCGCCGCCCAGCGUGCGGUGGCUGAAGAACGACGCGCCCGUCGUGCAGGAGCCCCGGCGCGUCAUCAUCCGCAAGACGGAGUACGGCUCCCGGCUGCGCAUCCAGGACCUGGACACCACGGACACCGGCUACUACCAGUGCGUGGCCACCAACGGGGUGAAGACCAUCACCGCCACCGGCGUCCUGUUCGUGCGGCUCGGUCCAACACACAGCCCAAAUCAUAACUUUCAGCUCUCUGAGGAACAGGGUCUUGCGAAGGUGACAGGGGACCCUGCUGAGCUAGGUUCUCUGCACAGUGGCUCUGGCCCCAGCCAACCCCUGGUGCGGGGCUCCCCAGAGGCUCUGGUGGGGUUCACGAAGGCUUGCCUGCGGGACGCCCCCCGUCCUAACGCUGGCCUCGCCGCCUCCGCAGCCGCCUUCACCAUGAUCGGCACGUCCACGCACCUGUCGGACCAGUGUUCGCAGUUCGCCAUCCCGUCCUUCUGCCACUUCGUGUUCCCGCUGUGCGACGCGCGCUCCCAGGCGCCCAAGCCGCGCGAGCUGUGCCGGGACGAGUGCGAGGUGCUGGAGAGCGACCUGUGCCGCCAGGAGUACACCAUCGCGCGCUCCAACCCGCUCAUCCUCAUGCGGCUGCAGCUGCCCAAGUGCGAGGCGCUGCCCCUGCCCGAGAGCCCGGACGCCGCCAACUGCAUGCGCAUCGGCAUCCCGGCCGAGAGGCUGGGCCGCUACCAUCAGUGCUACAAUGGCUCGGGCACGGAUUACAGAGGGACGGCGAGCACCACCAAGUCGGGCCACCAGUGCCAGCCCUGGGCCCAGCAGCACCCGCACAGCCACCGCCUGACCAGCGCCGACUUCCCCGAGCUCGGAGGGGGGCACGCCUACUGCCGGAACCCCGGGGGGCAGAUGGAAGGGCCCUGGUGCUUCACGCAGAAUAAAAACGUACGCAUGGAACUGUGUGACGUACCUUCUUGUAGUCCCCAGGACAGCAGCAGGAUGGGCAUCCUGUACAUCUUGGUCCCGAGCAUCGCCAUCCCCUUGGUCAUCGCGUGCCUCUUCUUCCUGGUCUGCAUGUGCCGGAACAAGCAGAAGGCUUCUGCCUCGACGCCGCAGCGGCGGCAGCUGAUGGCCUCCCCCAGCCAGGAUGUGGAGAUGCCUCUCAUUAGCCAGCACAAACAGGCCAAACUCAAGGAGAUCAGCCUGUCCACGGUGCGGUUCAUGGAGGAGCUCGGGGAGGACCGCUUCGGGAAGGUCUACAAAGGCCACCUGUUCGGCCCGGCGCCGGGCGAGCAGACCCAGGCCGUCGCCAUCAAGACGCUGAAGGACAAGGCGGAGGGGCCGCUGCGGGAGGAGUUCCGGCACGAGGCCCUGCUGCGGGCGCGGCUGCAGCACCCCAACAUCGUCUGCCUGCUGGGCGUGGUGACCAAGGACCAGCCCCUCAGCAUGGUCUUCGGCUACUGCCCCCACGGCGACCUGCACGAGUUCCUGGUCAUGCGCUCGCCGCACUCGGACGUGGGCAGCACGGACGACGACCGCACGGUCAAGUCCGCCCUGGAGCCGCCCGACUUCGUGCACGUGGUGGCGCAGAUCGCGUCCGGCAUGGAGUACCUGUCCAGCCACCACGUGGUCCACAAGGACCUGGCCACGCGCAACGUCCUGGUGUACGACAAGCUGACGGUGAAGAUCUCGGACCUGGGGCUGUUCCGCGAGGUGUACGCGGCCGAUUACUACAAGCUGGCCGGCAGCGCGCCGCUGCCCAUCCGCUGGAUGUCCCCCGAGGCCGUCGUGUACGGCAAGUUCUCCGUGGACUCGGACAUCUGGUCCUACGGCGUGGUCCUGUGGGAGGUGUUCAGCUACGGCCUGCAGCCCUACUGCGGGCACUCCAACCAGGACGUGCUGGAGAUGGUGCGCAGCCGGCAGGUGCUGCCCUGCCCCGACGACUGCCCCGCCUGGGUGUACGCCCUGAUGAUCGAGUGCUGGCACGAGUUCCCCAGCCGGCGGCCCCGCUUCAAGGACAUCCACAGCCGGCUCCGCGCCUGGGGCAACCUGUCCUCCUACAACAGCUCGGCGCAGACGUCGGGGGCCAGCAACGCCACGCAGACCAGCUCCCUGAGCACCAGCCCUGUGAGUAACGUCAGCAACGCCCGCUACGGUGGCCCCAAGCAGAAGGCCCAGCCCUUCCCGCAGCCCCCGUUCAUGCCCAUGAAGGGCCAGAUCAGACCCAUGGUGCCCCCGCCCCAGCUCUACAUCCCCGUCAACGGCUACCAGCCAGUGCCGGCCUACGGCGCCUACCUGCCCAACUUCUACCCGGUCCAGAUCCCAAUGCAGAUGGCCCCGCAGCAGGUGCCCGCCCAGAUGGUCCCCAAGCCCGGCUCCCACCACAGCGGCAGCGGCUCCACCAGCACAGGGUACGUCACCACCGCGCCCUCCAACACGUCCGUGGCGGACAGGGCAGCCCUGCUCUCGGAGGGCACCGAGGACACACAGAAUGUCCCAGAAGACGUGGCCCAGAGCCCCGUGCAGGAAGCGGAGGAGGAGGAGGACGGCUCCGUCCCCGAGACCGAGCUGCUGGGAGACAAUGACACGCUGCAGAUGGACGAGGCCGAGGUCCAGCUCGAGGCCUGAGGCUGGCCGGGCCGUGGCGCGCUCGGGGGUGGGGGGAGACGAGCCGCCUGGAGGAGUGAGCCCUGGGCACUGGUGGGCUGUGAGCAUGUCACUGUGUGAAGCCCUGCUCUGUCGUCCUCUCGUGCACAGAGCUGCGCUGUGGCCACCUGUUUGGUUGGAGGGUCUUUUAGCCAAUGGUGCCUGGCCAGGCAAGGUUGGCAGGCCCAGCAGGACGCACGGGGACCCCCAGGGCCACCUGCAUUUCCCCGGAGGUAGAUCAGCGGUGAGCACUGCCUGUGCAUUGAAGGUGGCAUCUUCCCUCCACGUCGCACAUGGAUCGAAUACUUCCAGACUUUGGGGGAAACAGGCCUGCAGAAGGCAGCAAAGUGGGACCACGGGCUUUGCAAGUCCCAGCGACUGGCCUGUUGGAUGAGGAUGGAGAAGGAUGCUUUUCUCUCUACUGCCCCCUGCGGGCGACAGCCUGCCUUCAGCCACCAAAGAUGUGCAGGAACAGGACAUGCCUUCUGCCCCCUGUCAGGGUCGGAUGAGAAGGGGCUUCUGAGAUGGGAGCUCCGUGUUACAACACAAUGUGCCUUAGAAGAAACCCACACGACUUUGUCUUUUUGUGAAAUGAUUUGAAUUACCCUGCAUGUGUAUUUUGCCCACUUUUCUGGAAUUCAAGGGAAAGUUUUAUGUUUUUUUUUUCGGGGGGGGUUGGAAUGUUAGAAAGGCAGCAAUAUUGUACAGAGCACAGUAUUGUUAUUUUUUUUUGAAGAAUCAUGUACAGACCUUAAAUGUAAUUUAUACGGUUUUUGUAUGCCAUUUUCAUUGAAGUAUUUUGAGCUGAAAAUAAUGACGUGGUAAUUUAA